AUGUGUUUUUGUGUGGAGGGGGAGCGAGUCCGAUUUUGCUUUGCUUUUUAAAACUUGGUCAGAGUCUGUUGAAGAUAUCUUAAGGAACAGCCUCCAAGUCAACUGAGGGUUCAGAGAGCCUCAAAAAUUGAAAGGUCUUCUCCAUUUUUUGCUAGACAAUGGCAUCUAAAAAUUCCUCUACCUGCUCCACUGAAAUUAUUAACGUGGAAGAUGAUGAGACGCAGAUACCAUUGGAACACCGAAGGGGUUCCAGGGGAGAUCCGGGAAAUUACAGGCCAGUCAGCCUGACGUCAAUACCAGGUGCUGAGGGAGGAGACUCAUCUGAAACUCCUCGUAAGCGAAAGAAAAAAAGUAACAAAUAUGAAGCCUUUUCACCUGAGGAGAAAGCCUGGCUGGAGAAAUAUAGAACUUGGGAAUCACAGACAAGGAAGAUUCUCAACAGAACAUACAGCAAAUUGCUUGAUGAUUUAUCUCAACCUCAUGCUCAGAAAGAAAUUCAGUACCUCAAGAAACGUUUGAUCAGCUUGCAGGAGAAGACUUCCUUGGACCCCAUAUGCAUUGGGUUUCCUGGGCAAACAGGGGCAGGGAAGACCUCCCUCCUCAAUGCCAUUCUAGGGAAGAAGCUGUUUCUGCCAGUGUCUGGGAACAGUGUGUGCACUUCAUGUGUGGUACGAGUAAACACAAGCAGUGCUGAACAGUAUGAAGCCACGGUUCACCUCCUCUCAGAUGAUGAAUGGAAAGAAGAGAUGAACAACCUUGUGGCAGUUUUGUCCGAGAAUGGGGAUGAUGAAGAUGAAGAUGAUGAAUGCGUGAAAGAUGCCAUAAAAAAGCUCCAUGCUAUUUAUGGGAAGGGAGUUGAAAAAACCCGUGAAGCCUUGAUCAAGGCCAAGCCGCAGGUGUCUAUUCCUCCCAGACGAAUACUUUCAAUCGAGACUCCGGAGGCAGAAAAGCUCUCCAAGAAACUGGAUCCUUACAUUCGUGUUCAGGAUGAGGGUGGUAAUAGGCUCUGGCCGCUGAUCAAGUACGUGGAAGUGACUGUUCCAGGGUCAGACAUCCUUCCAGAAGGCAUCACAUUUUUGGAUAUUCCUGGUACAGGAGACUUCAACAAAAAGAGAGAUGAGAUGUGGAAACAGAGUAUCAAUUCAUGUUCAGUCAUCUGGAUUAUCAGUGGUAUUGUGCGCGUUCAAGGAGAUAAGAUCCAAGCCAGGUUACUGAAUGACAGCAUCACAGCCUUCCGUGCAGGGAACUGUGUUGACUUUGCUAUGGUGGUCACCAAAUCAGAUGUCAUUAAACUUGAUGAAUACAGAAGUGAAAGAAAAAAUAAAAAUGGUCCCGUUGAGAAUGAGCAUGAUGCCAUUUUAGAGAGGAACCAAGAUGUGAAGAGCAAGAAGGAGAGAAGCAUUAAGGAGAAGCUGCAGAAACAACUGCCACCUGAUUCAGAAGUCCUUAACAAGGAGCAUAAAUGGGUUUAUACAGUCAGUGCCCAAGAGUUCUGGGAGCCAAAGCACCUCAGUCAAGAAGAAACAGAGAUCCCAGAGCUGAGGGAAUACAUCAAGAGACUCUAUCUGAAGGAGAAGAAGAAACUUGUGACCAAUUAUGUGACUGCGGUGUUGAGCAUUCACAAGCUGGCUAAGAAUUUGGGUUCCAAGCCACAGUUUGAGGAUCAGGUGUUUCGAAAAAGUGGUGUGGAAGAAUGGAUGAUAAAGUAUAUUGACUCUCUUGAUACGGACCUUCAAACAUGUUUUGACAAGAUAAAUCAAUCCCUCUGUGAAGGCGUGAAAAAUGCUGAAAAGAGUUACAGGAGAAUUGUAAACUUGCUCACAAAAGCUGAAGGAUACAGAGGUUAUCACAAGACCCUGAAAGCAGUGUGCUUGAAGGAUGGUGUCUAUGCCUCUAAGAGUUUUGCACGCAUUGAUUUCAAUGAAAGCCUUGCCAAGCCCAUCUAUGAUGAAAUUGGGGUCAUGUUUGAAAACAUCUUCAGGACUCAAAAGCCUACCAGAGCCAAUCUGUGGUAUCACCUGGAAAUGUUUAAAGAUGAUGUGGAGAACAAGAUACGCCAAAUUGGAAAAGACAACAGCCUGCCAAAUGACAACAGCAAGGGUGAAAUUUUCCUUCAAGAAACAAAUGUAAAUCUACAAAAAUUAAAAAAAGAAAUUCUCCAGAGGAAGUCAGGUAUCUACCAGAGUCUUUGUGUGUCUAUCCAAAGUGAUCUGAAGCCACACUAUAAAGAGGCCUCAGAGGUUAAGGGUCAUGGAGCCUAUGAGUCCAUGAAGAAGAUCCUCAUGAAGGGCAUUGAGAAGGAAGUAACGAACAAGAUGUUUGAGAAGGCCCAAUCCAACAUGGAGAGACAGUUCUGUGAACUAAAGAGAGAUAUCUUGCUGAAUCUGAAGGAAAACAUUUCCAUUGUGUUCAAACUUGUCUUCUUACAACAGGAACCGUUUGCUGUGCACUUGGCAGAUAUUGAGAAUGAAUGCAGAAAAAUCCAGGAAAUCUAUAACAAGUUGCAAAAUGAUCAUUAGUAAGAAAAAGAUUUUGUUUCUUAAAAUACUGUUCUUAUUUUUUGCAAGCUAGAUAAAGUUCACAGCUGGUUGGCCACUGUGUGAAACAGGAUGCUGGACUAGUUUGGCCACUAGACUGAUUCAGCAGGGUGCUUCGUAUGUUCUUAUAACAUUAGAUAUUCAACUUGUGUGAGAAGGGCCUUGUCGUUUAUGAACUGUUGGAAGAUUUAUACAUUGUCAUUUCAUUCAUUUUAUUGCACAUAUGAACAUGAAAAGUUAUUAAGUUUUAGUAGAACUGCAUAUUUGAAAUAUAUUUCCAAGGUAAUAAUUAUAAUGGGUAGUGGAAAAAUGCAUCUGAUGAAGUGAACUCUGACUUAUAAGUGUUUAUUUUGGAAUAAAUUUUGUUAGUUUUUUAAGAUGCAA